AUGCCUGAGCGCCCUCUGCACAUGAGUGUGCACACACGCAUGGGUGUGUUUACACGUCUGUUUGCCGGCGCCUCUUACAUCAAGCAGCAGCCCCUGUCCCCCUGUAACCCCGCGGCCAACCCCCUGUCCGGCAGCCUCUCCACGCAUUCCCUGGAGCAGCCGUAUCUGCAUCAGAACAGCCACAACGCCCCAGCCGAGCUGCAAGGCAUCCCGCGGUAUCACUCGCAGUCGCCCAGCAUGUGUGAUCGAAAGGAGUUUGUCUUCUCUUUCAACGCCAUGGCGUCCUCUUCCAUGCACUCGGCCGGCGGGGGUUCCUACUAUCACCAGCAGGUCACCUACCAAGACAUCAAGCCUUGCGUGAUGUGAGGCUGCCGCCGCCGGCCCUCCUGGUGCAGGCAGGCGGGUCACAGGGACCCUGGACCGGCACAAGAAACUGCUUUAUUCUCGAGGUAUAACCGUCGGCAGAAAAAAAGGGUUCCACCCCUCCGCAACAGGAGUAUUUGGCAAGGAAUCCCCAACGCAAAGACACAGCGCUGCGGUUGGCACCUCCUUCCUCACUCCCUCAAAAUUGUUAAGAAAUGGUAGUGGUGGGUCUGAUCCGACUGCAGCCGUUGGUAGAUAAAGGUUUUUGAUCCUGUUGAACCCGGCUGAGACGGUGCUGUGCAGGGGAAGGCCUUCCGCAUCCACACAGGCAUUCUGCUGAGGUCCCCCCUCCUUCCGGCCAAUGGCAGAAGGGGAGGAAGAUUUUUAGAAGAAAGGCAAACAUGUGAGACCAAUCAUUAUCAAAUACUUUUAUUUUUUGGUUGAGUAUUUAUCUUUUUAUUUUUUAUUUUUUUUGAAAGAAUGUCUUGGAAUACGCAAGUCUCCCUUUAGAGCUGUCUUU